AUGACAGCGCCAGACAGCGAGAACUACCAGAUAUUCCGCGACUGCGUAUCGAGCGCAAUCGUCGCGAAAUUCUCUCCCACGCCUCGAACCAAGAAAGCGCGACGUCCGCGCACCACUCCGCGCCAGAAGUCCAGCAGUCGAGCAGAACCAAAACCAAAACCAGAACCAGAACAACCGCAACACAAUGAAUUCACCAAAACAGAUCCAGAAGACCUCGCUGACUUUAUCGACGUGCGUAGCCUACAAAUUAGCCCAACAUCACCCACGAAUAACUAA